AUGGCGCAGAAAAACCCCAAACGCGGUGCGGCCCAGGGUCCCAAUCCGAAGGCCGUCCAGAACGGCGAGGUCUUACAACGGCUAAAUUUUCUACAUCAAGCGGCCCAUUAUCUGGCAACAGUCACAUCAACCCCUAGUGAACCGGGGCGAGCUCAAGUUCCUAGAAACGACCAUGUCAAACCUAACGAUUCGAGAAAGGCACACAAGCCACGGAGCCAGGGUCAUGGAUUGAGGCAAAAGAAACAAAACAGGAAAGCAAAGUCCUGUCAACCAAUUGCGAAUUUACCGAUCCUCGGCCUCAGUCGAAUACUCACCAAGUCAAUGAAAGUGAUCUUCAAAAAGGCUGUCGUUCGAAUGGACCCUUCCGUAAAACGAAGCAUCUGUCGAUCAUGCCACCUGUUGCUCAUACCAGGACAUACCUCGACAACCCGGGUACUUCGCUCGAGCUCCCACCGACACAAAGUUAAUGUGACUUGCUCAGCGUGCCAGCACCAGCGCAAGAUACCUCACCCACCCGAACCGAAAGCCGCUGAGCCCGAUCCAAACAGCCCGACCCAGCCAACAAAAACCUCCUCCAAAAAGCUUCAGCGGCGACCGAUACCCUUUUGGAGACAACCCCAACAUAUCACGUUUGCUGCCCAAACUGUGGUCGAGGGAGCCAUUUAG